UUGAAAUCUACCCAAUACUUUAACAGUGUCAAAAUCAUGGGUCAUCUCAUGUGUGUAAUUUGUUAAGCACAACACUCACACAUACAGGAUUUAACAAAAUCAUCUUACAUUUAAAAUUCUUGUUGUGAAUUAUUUAAAAUCAGCUGGAUUGCUUUAAUAAUUUCAUCCAAAUCAUGUCGAAAAAUGGGAGAGUGAAAUUAAUCACAUGAAAGAGUUUGUCUAGUGAAGUUAAGGAGUUAAGGAAUUUGACUUUGAAUUGAAUAUGAAAUCGAUAGUCAUGUUCAUUCUUUUGAUAAUCGAAUUAUAGAUACUUUGACAGUGGGAUUUCCAGUGAUGGAAAACACCAUGUAGUUCCAACAGCAAACUCCAGCUGAAAACUGAUAGAAGGAUAAGCUAACUUUUGCAAAUAAAUACUUUUGACUUUCCAAACCUCAGAUGACGGCGACCAUGUCCAGAAAUAGGGUUUAUAACCUGCUAUCAAUGUCGCAGGCCCACAAAGAUGUUACUGAUGAACGCUAUCGAGAUUUACGUCGUCCUCGAAAAGUCAGAUUCUUUGUAAAUGGGGAUCGCUACUUCAAAGGGAAGAAAUUAUACAUUACUCCUCAUAGAUACUUCAACUUCAAUGAUCUUUUGAAUGAUUUGACUGGAAAGUUACCAAAUAAUUUGAAUUUACCUUAUGGUGUGCGGCAAAUCUUUACCCCCUCUGGAGGAAGACGUAUUACUGACAUAGAAGACUUAAGUGAUGGGUCGAGUUAUGUUUGUGCUGGAUUUGAAGGGUAUAAAACGAUACGCUAUGGAAAGGCUGAAUUAGAGCCUUGGUCAUUAGAGGGGCGUCCAGAGGGGCGUCGUCCAAAUGCUGGGGAUAAUGGUAAAAAAACACGUCCACAUCAACAUGAUCUUGAAGCAGAACAAGCUGGUAAUGCCUCAGGCUUCCGACACCGUGCUGGCAUGUUUGGAAACAAUGGUUUUCAUCCAGGACGAUAUUUUCAUGGUCAGCAACCUACCAAAAAUAGAUGGGGAGGAACAUUUGGUAAUGCUACUAAAAACUCUUAUCUGUCAAACACUACUGAGCAUGUGCCACUCAAACCAAAAGUAGUGACAAUUGUACGGAAUGGUCCAAGGCCCAGAAAUAAUGUGAAAAUACUUUUAAACCGAAGAAGUGUCCAGUCUUAUGAUCAAUUAAUGUCAGAUAUUGCUGAGGCUUUUGGUCCAAAAUAUAAAACAAAUAGACUUAAGAAAUUAUUUAAUGUCAAAGGAAAAGAGGUUCAUGGUAUUUCAGACUUUUUCCGUGAUGAUGAUGUUUUCAUAGGUGUAGGGAAUGACAGUUUAACAGAAGGAGAUAUACAAGAUAUUAUAGAAGAGCUUUACCCUGAUAGUCCAUAUGCCAGGAAUUUAUUAAGGGAUUUGGAAAAACAACGUAAGAAGAGACAAGCAGCGUUGAAGGAUAGUGAAGCUGAUAAAAGAGAUAGUGGGUUUGGUGAAGGAAGUGACGGCAGUAAUCGAGACCAAGAGGGGGAUUAUAUCAUUUAUAAAGGUCGUCCACAAGAAAAAGGGCGAAGACGUCACGAUUAUCCUAAGGAGGAUGAACUAGCGAUGAGACUAGACAAGGAUCGUAUGAAAGCUGCACAGGAGGAUAGAGAUCGGACAAAACGGCAACAGAAAAAAAUGAUUGAAUCUGAAAGAAGGGCAUUGGAAAAUGAAAAAAGGAAGCAAAAUCAGGUUCCAACAACAGCUAAUAAACCAGAAGAUCCAUUCAAAAGAAUGAAGGAACAAAAAGAAAAAGAAAGAGAAGAGAUCAGAAAAAGGAGGGAAGAGGAAAGACAAGCAAGGAUUAAAGAGGAAGAAGCCAAAGAAAGAGAAAGGAGAGAAAAGGCUGAACAUGCAGCAAGGGAGCGACAAGCUGCAGCAGAGAAAGCCGAACUAGAGAAGGGUGACAAGGAAAAGGCCGAACAUGAGAAACCUGAAAAACAGAAAGAAAAAGCUGAUAAUAAAUCAGACAAAGAAGAUAACGAUAAAGAUUUACAUAAAAAGAGAAAAUCUAAGUCGAAGAUUGUACGCAAAACUAAAUUAGAAAGACAAGUUAGUAGUGAUGAACAUGUUUUGAGUCGCUAUGAAUUAGGCCGGACUCUUGGGGAUGGCAACUUUGCUAUAGUUCGACAGGCAAAGUUGAAAAACUCUAAUAGUGAAUAUGCUAUGAAAGUUAUAGAUAAACACAAGCUUAAAGGCAAGGAACACAUGGUGGAAAAUGAAAUUGAGAUUAUGAAAGACUGUCACCAACCAAAUAUUGUGAAAUUGUAUGAAGAGUAUGAAACUCAUGAAAAAAUCUACCUCGUUAUGGAAUUAGUUAAGGGAGGAGAUUUAUUUGAUGCUAUUACACAGAGUGUGAAGUUUGGUGAGGUAGACUCAGCACACAUGGUCAAAGACUUGUGUAAUGCUCUAUUUUAUCUUCAUUCACGAUCGAUAGUUCAUAGGGAUCUCAAACCAGAAAAUUUAUUGGUUCACAGAAAUAAAGAUGGAACAAUUUCGAUUAAGUUAGCCGACUUUGGUUUAGCAAUGGAAGUCAAAGAAGAUAUAUACACAGUGUGUGGUACUCCAACUUAUGUAGCUCCAGAAAUCUUGUCAGAAAUAGGUUAUGGAUUGGAGGUUGAUAUGUGGGCUGUAGGAGUGAUAUCCUAUAUACUGUUGUGUGGAUUCCCUCCCUUUAGAAGUCCAGACAGAAACCAAACAGAACUUUUCGAGUUUAUCAAAGCAGGAGAAUAUGAAUUCCUCAGUCCUUACUGGGACAAUAUUUCAUCUAAUGCUAAAGAUAUGAUAGAACACUUGCUAGUGGUGGAUAGGAAGAGACGAUUCAAUGCCAUAGAUACUCUGUCUCAUCCAUGGAUAAUAACAAGUGGUGAUACAUCACAACCACAAGACAACGCCAAAAUAGAAGAAAUGCGAAGAAAUGCACGCAAGGAUUUGGAAUUGAAUGCAAGACUGGCAUUAGACUCUUAUCAGAAACAAAAAGAGAAGCGAUUAGCUGCUCUAAGUGCUGCAUAGUUAUAUUUUAUAUAGUGUUGAUAGGUUUCUUGGAAUUCCAGUUUAAUGGAAAAUUUCUCCUAUAUUUGUAACAUCAGAUUACACUGGAAAUAUUUUUAUUACAGUUUGAUAUUGUAUUUGAAUAUUUGUUGACAUUAUCAGAGGACUUGAAAAUUGAGUUUUCAAAUAUUUGUAAAACAUUGCUACUAUUUACAUGCAGUUGAGUCUAUUCAAAAGAAAACUAUGAAUAAUUCCCAAAUUCAAUUUAGAAGUUCUAAGAUAGUCUGUGUUUCUUGGGCUUAUCCUAUUUUACAGAGAUCAAUCACAUGAUAACUUCAGACAGCUAAGCAUGAUUGGGAUGAAACAAACAUGUCCUCUGCAAGAAAUAUUUACCAAUAGGAAAUGUCAACUGACCAUUAGGUUUUUGAUAGGGUUAGAGAAUCAGAACAAAAUACAAAGUGGUCAUAUAUUUUAAGUGUAAGUCAGUCAAAAUCAUUCCAUUUUCUUAAUUCACCAAUGAGAAAGACCAGGCAUGCCUGGAAAAAUGUCACAUGAUAAGACUUUUUCAACCUCCAUGUUGAAACAACCAAUAUUGUGGAACAUCAGUUUUGUGAAUUACCUAAAAAGUCAUCUGCUUUUGUUAUGGAUAUACAAACUAAUUGACUAUGGAUUGUACUCUGUUAGAUUUGGAAGUUUGCAUGAAACUUAGAUUAGGGUACAUCUGUUUAUUUAAGCCGUCCAUAUAGUAUUUAUUUGAUAAUUUUAUAUAUGUUUUUGUCUCAAUAUUUUAUACUGAUAGAGAUUUAUUUUUCAUAAUCCGUCCAACAGUAGUUUUUUUCGUCCAUGUUUCUUUCUGUUAAUUUUGACAAUUUUUUGUAUUUUACACAUGACAAUUUUUUUUUUAAAGCUUUUUAACAUGUGAAUGUAUGUUCAUUGUGAAAUUUUGCUCUGUCAUAAAGAUCUACUAUUUUUAUUAUUUUUUGAAUUCAUUCUUUACAGUGCUUGUGUAAUAUGUAAAAAAUUUUAAUGACAUACCUUUCAAAUUAUGAUUUUACAUCAAUUUUUUUAUUUUUUUGGGGAGGCAAGGAAAUAAUUUGGGUUUUAUCAAUGAAAUGUAAAUUUGGAAGGUUUAGAAUUGUAAAAAUAUAUUUUGGAUUUUCUAGGAUAAGAAUUAAGUUUAUUUGAAUAUUCUUUUUUAACAUGAAUUGAAUAAUUUCAAAAUAUGGUUACGACUGUCCUUCCAUGAUGAACUAAGUGCUGUUUUAUUGCUGUCUUGAAUGAAAGUGAAUGUAAUAUUCGACGCACUACACAAGUAGUUUUGUCUAUGUGCCAAAAACAGAUUGUUUAUAUAUUCGUUGCUAUAACAAAGAUGUAAAUAUAAUUGUUGUUUCAAAUUCUGUGAUAUAAAAUACUAUAAAAGUGAUAUGUAUAUAUAUAUAUAUAGAAAUAGAAAUAUAUGUUGAAAUAUGUUUUCAUGAAAUCUUAUGUGGUGAUGAAUUUAUCACAUUUCUCCAAAAUAUCAUUUUAUAUUUAUCAUAACAACACAAGGGAACUAGCAGUUACAAAGUACAAAAGACGUAGGAUAUGAAUUCCAUUUAAAUGACAAAUGCACAGUUUAAGAAAAUAGUUUUACAGGUUAUAUCCUGUGGUACCUCUGGUCUCUAUUUUUAACCUGUACUUUACAUAUUGUUACAUUGUUUGAGGUAUAGGGUCAUUGUUAAGUGUACAUUUUUGAACUGCUUAUGCAUGUUAUGUGUAAUAUUUGUUAAAUGUCUACUUUACACUAAAGAAUUUAAAAUUUCAGGAAAAGUUGUAUGUUGUUUUACUUUUGUUUUAUUCCAAUAUUUUAUAGUUUAGUGGUCAUUACUUAUCAGAAUAUCACGACUUUCCAUUUGUUUUGAAAAUUCAUUAAGGAAAUUUUUUUGAAUUAAUAAGAAUUUCGUUAUCAUCAAUAUCAAAAUUGUAUGUGCAGUUAUUACUUAAGUAUUUAUAUGAAUAUUCAUUCAUUUCACUCAAACAUGUAUGAAUAUGUAAAUGACAUGCUUGCAUGAAUAUUCAGUGUAUAAGUGUCAUAACAUUCCAUGUUUAUUUUUAAGCAUAUUUGAUAUAUAUAUAUAUAUUAAAGUUGCUGUUUACUUACUUAUUUUUUAGACAAAAGAUAUUUAAAUAGUAUUAAAUUUAAUUUAUUAAUAAGCUGUAUGAAGAUUAUUUCUUAGUACAUAAAUCUUAGGUAGACUCCUUUCCUGCUGAAGUGAAUCUAUAAUAUAUUAUAACGCUACUGACAAAAACAUUUAAAUGAAUUGAAAAAGGAAUCCACCAUAAUUUAAAAUACUUAUUCUUUAUAGCAACUUUGAGAUAGCAGCAAAUAAUUUGACUAAAGCUAUGUUUAUUAAUUUCAUGUAUAACAUCUAAAAUGCGGUAAAAAAUCUCACCAACUUUCUUUUCUCUUGAUCUCCGUUGCUGCAAUUACUAUAUAAAACAGAUAAUAUUCUAUACCGUUAUUUUGUUUUCGAAGGAACAUACUUCGAAUUGAAACAAAGGUCCUUGACCUACAGAAACAUUACAAUAUACAUCCAUUUUAUAAAUCGUCUUUAGUUUAUGAAAGAAGUGAGGAAGUUCAAUGUAUUCAAAUUGACGAUCCUGAAAGGCCUUUUUAAAAUAAUGUCACUUUCACCAUGAGAAGGAGUCUGCCAUUAUUAGUCUUAUAAAGCUUUGUACCAAUCAAAACAUAGCUUAGAAUUGUAUCUUUUACCAAUAAACAAAAUCCAAACAACAAAUCUUCAAUUCUAAAAACUUAAAAACUAUUUUCCCUGUAAUGAUGUGUCAAACAUGUUUAUACUUUACUGUAUGGUUAAAAUCUGUUGUCAGGCUUUUUUUUUUUAAACUGCUGGAAGAAUGUUUACAAUUCUCAUGAUGAUAUCUCAGGAUAAUUUCAGGAUUGUAUUAAAAAAUAUAUCGGUUACACUGUUGCAACAGUAAAGUCUUGUUACUAUGGACUAACUUGUCAUGUUACACUGGUUUAUUGGUCAAUAAUAAAAUAUAAUUCAUAUGAA